UCACCCAAAGAAGUGCUCAAAGGCAGAAUAUAACUUGAUUUUGACUCUCAGAAAGCUGCUCUAAGGCUUAUACCGGAAGAUGAACCGAACCUAUCCCAAGGGGAGAAACUUUGAUAAUAAUUCAUUCGGUUCUACGGAAACAAUGCUUGAAAAAGAGGAAAAAGAUUGCUGUCACGGCUGCACCAGAAAAUGCGUGUGCAUUACAGCGCUAGUUCUGUUCAUGCUGAUAAUUAUUGCUGUUGCGAUUGCGUUGGCCACCGUCUUCGCCCUUCCUGCACGCACUCCAGAGAGCCGAUUAUGCACGACGGCAGACAACCUCACUGGGUAUCUGUGUGACGAUAGAAUUACCUGCUUGUUGCCUUCACAAGUCUGUAAUUCUGCAAAUGACUGCGGCAAUGGAGAGGACGAAGCUGCCUCAUUAUGCAGUAACCUCCCUGACAGCCUGCCUGGAAACCUAUUCUUUCGCUGUGGUAACCCAUCAAUCUGGAUCUACAGCAACUUCAAGUGCAACGGGAUUAAUAACUGCGGAGACUGUUCAGACGAAUCUGCGGCAUUGGCGUCCUGCCCUUCUUGCGGGUCAGGCUGGUGGAACUGCAACCCGGUCCUCUUCCAGUACUGCAACUGCGUCCCUCGCAGCCUGUGUCAGAACGGAGCCCAAGACUGUUCAGACUGGUCUGACGAAUACGUGUGCAUCAAAUAACAAGAGCCUUAUGUACCGUAUGGACGAAUUUAUGUGUGUGUAAGCCUUGUAUUUCGCCGGGAAGAAUGUGCUCUAAUACAUGAAGUUAAACCUUUAAGGCACAAAACAUUUUGAUAAUUUCAUUCAAAAUCUGCAUUGUAACAUAAAAGAAAAUAUUAUAUUAUAAGGGAGACCAGUGCUGUGGAAUUGCUGUAUUUUCAUAAUAGCUUGAACAGGUCUGUCCUC